AUGAACAAGGAGCCGCGGAGAAUCUGGACAGUGACCGCAGAUGGCUGGGGCGACCUGCACUGUACACGCGAGCAAACAAACGAGGCUGGCGCCCCGGAGUUUUUGGAAAUAUCUCAUUUCCCGACCAGACACUGCAAGGUUGCAGGAAAUGCGCUGGAGCCGAUGCAGAGCUUGUCGCAUGAUGCGACGCCACGGGCGGCGAACCUUGAUAACGACCCUUUAAUAGGUCCUCUUGUUGGCUGCGGCGUGUUGUCUUUACACGUGUCUGACGAUCAUAAGAACGAGGAGCGAGAGGACACGCAAAUAGCAUCAUCUCACAACAGUAACGGCACAUUCCAAACAACGGGCGUUGCGUGCCCCUCUGACGAUCCGCCCACCGCCGCUGCCCCCUUCUGA